GUGCACGCGCUGGAAUAGGAAGCAGUUCCGCUCAGCAAUCAGACGUGGCAUAAGAACCGUUGGUUUGAUUCGAUCAACACUGUUGAUUAUUAAUUAUCAUUUAUUUCGUUUAGAUCGAGAUUAUGGCCUCUGGUGUGGGCAAAUGGGAGGUGGUGAAGAAAGGAAAGAAACAGAAUAACAGCUCCGGAGGAAAAACUCAGGACAAGAAAUCAGCCAGGAAAGCGCUGAGAGAGGCCAACAUGAGCCACACUGACACCAACCACGUGGUGUCCGAGACCAUAUUUGACGGUUUUGAGAAGAUGUUGAAGAAGCAGAACAAGGAGCAGGUUCCUCCUCCAGUCGAAACGCAGCAGAAGAAGCCCAACGCAGGGAAACAGACCAAGAAACUCCCCACCAACGGCAGCUCCAAACCCACACACUACAAGACGCUGGAGGAGGCCGUCAAAGCCCUGGACGUGGUGGAGCUGAAGCAGCAGCUGGAGAAAAGUCAAAGCCUGUUUCCUGAGAAUCCGUCCGUCUGGGUGAAGGAUCUCGCCGGAUACCUGAACUACAAACUGCCAGCUCCAGACACUGAUCCCACGCUCAGCAGCUACGGACACGAUUACCCAUACUGCCUUGCUGGUAAGGAGCUGAAGGGCAUUAUUAAAAACCUGCUGGGCAAAUGUUCAGACACACUGCCCGAGUUCUUCGACCACUGCGUGUUUACCAUGCUACGAGAACAGGACCGGCAGCCAAGUGAAUCUCUGCAUGGCUACAGGAUGUGCAUUCAGGCUCUCAUGCAGGACAAACCCAAAAUCGCCACGCUGAACCUCGCCGACCACCUGGAGCUGCUGCGCUCCCAUCAGAACCGGCCGGUCAAGUGUCUGACCAUCAUGUGGGCGCUGGGACAGGCGGGAUUCUACGACCUCAGCCAGGGCAUCAGAGUUUGGUUGGGUAUUAUGCUUCCUGUUCUCGGGAUGAAAGCGCUCUCUGCGUACGCCAUCGCUUAUCUGGAGCGACUCCUGACGCUGCAUGCCAACCUGACCAAAGGUUUCGGGAUCAUGGGGCCGAAGGAGUUCUUCCCGCUGCUGGACUUUGCUUACAUGCCCAAAAAUGCCCUGUCACAGAGUCUGCAGGAGCAGUUGUGUCGGCUGUAUCCGCGGCUGAAGGUUCUUGCGUUCGGAGCGAAACCCGAAUCAACGCUGCACACGUAUUUCCCAUCAUUCCUGUCACGAGCGACGCCGAACUGCCCUGAUGCCAUGAAGAAAGAGCUCCUCAGAAGCCUGACGGAGUGUCUGACCGUCGACGGCCAGAGUUUGAGCGUUUGGAGGCAGUUAUACACCAAACACCUGCCACAGUCCAGUCUGCUGUUAAAUCACCUGCUGAAGUCGUGGAACACACUUCCUCCGAAGUUGCAGAAAAACCUUCAGGACACCAUCCAGUCCUUCAGAGUGACCAAUGAUGAGCUGCAGACCAGCACCAACACACAGGACAUUCAUCACUGCAACACGCUCUGCCAGUCUCUGCAGCUGAAGAUGCACGGUCAGGGUUUCCCGUGGUGGCGCGUGUUGAUGAUGGCGUUGGUGUUCGUGGCGGGCUUCAUCGCGCAUGACGUCAGGUCAAAGGGGUCGUUCGCAGACUCCACCACAGCGCUGUACCUGGAGAGGUCAGGGGUCACCGCCGUAUCCCAGCAGGCCUGGAUCAAAGUGUCGCAUUACGGCCAACAGGGCGUCAGCUGGUUGGCCGAGAACACGCCGUAUUAUUACUCGCGCGCCGUGGAGGCCGUCGGGCCGCUGCUGGAGGACGGGCGGGACAAGGUGAAGGUGGCGGCCAUCUUCAUCGCACAGAAAAGCUCUGAAGUUUUACUGUGGCUGCAGGAGAACGUGCCGCGGCUGAUAGAAUGGGUCUAUGCGAACACUCCAGAGAGCGUGUUUCAGUUCAUCGAGUAUGUGAAGCAGCUCCUGCUGUACAUCCAUGAGCGCUUCAUCAUCCCGUCACUGCAGUAUCUGUCCACAGCACUGCAACACGCCUGGAAGAACCUACAGGAGUCCUGCAAUGGCGAGGUUUCGCUGCACUGCUUACAGAAUCACGUGAGGUCCUUCACCAACAGCACCUGGAUUUACCUGCAGGACGCCACGUCUGCCAUCAAGAGCCGAGCGCAGGAGCUGCUGUCACGAGCGUGAUGCACACAUUUUUAAACAGACGUUUCUUCUUCACCUCCUUUUUUUGCUUUUUUGUCAAUUUGCAUGAGAUUUUAUAUCUGUUGUACUGACAGUUCUGUCUUUUAUGCAGAUGUUUUUCAUGGUGUUUAUUUUACACAAAGUUGCCAAUCCAGACUGAGUUGAAAAGAGGCUGUUUUUUUUUUUUUUUUUCCCACACACACACACACACACACACACACAGAGCCCUCAUAGUUAGCUGUGUUGGGUGUGUGUUGCAAACCGGCCUCUUGUUCAGAAUGAAAUCUGCGUGUGAGGAAGGUCAGAGAAGACGGAUCACUAAUGACUACUGCUGCUGGCUGAGCUCUUUACUUGAACACUGAAUAUUAAUGUGACGCCCCUCUGUGUGAUUGACUUGGAUGUUUUACUGUUUGUUUCUUUCCCACUUGAAGCAACAACAGCGUCAACGACUGAACCUCAUGUGGUAGAUUUCAAAGCCAACUCGUACCUUCUGCUUUUAGCCUGUCUGGGGUUUGCCGGAGGUUCAGUUCUGUUUCAGAGUAACACAGAUUGUAUUUCAAUAAAACGUUCUAUCAUUUGAACCCGGUGUGUGUCCUGUAAGAUGAGCUGAUUUGUUACUUUGUAAAUGAUUUAUAAAUAAAUAAACCAAUGCUGUUCA